UAUGGCGGCGAUCAGCUGUCUUCUGUCAUAAUGACAUUCAUAUUGAUAAACAGAAUAUUAUAGAUAUUCGUAACAUAAUUCGAAUGAGGAAGAUUGCGCUUUGAAAUAAUCUCAUUAAAUUUUUCAUUACUAUCACGUUCUGUAAUAUAAGUAUGAAAAAAUUUUUCCAAAUUAAUAGGAAUUUCUUGUUGCUCAUCUGAAGUAAGCGGCAAGUGAACGCAGCUGCGUAAAAAAGCAAUAUGGUGACUAACGAAUUAAUCAACUGUUGAGGAUAAUCAAGAAUACAAAUGUUUAAUAAUAUUACCAACUUUUGGGAUGGACGGUGGUGAAGUUGAGUGAUGAACUUAACGUGAUUAAAAGCCUUUCGGAGGCUAAAGAGAGAAAACCAUGUGCGAUGUGUGUGUUGACUUUCACGACCUUCUGCUCUCCUAUGAUGAAAGAUCAUCAAAAGAACAAGAUGGAUUGGCUACUCUUUGUAUUUCGGAUGUGGACACAACACUGCAUUAUGUUAAUCAAUGGAUACAAAGGCAAUGUAUGUGCUGUUAUCGAGAAAUAAAAAAUUUUGAUCGUUUUAUACGAUUAACACAGAGCGUUGUACUAUGUACAUUACAACAGUUACAAAUUAUACAACAUAAUGGACAGGAAACAGAUGCUGAGAAAUCAUCAUCUAAAGAUGAGAAAGAAGAAGAAGAAGAAAAAACUAAUGAGGGAAAGGCAGAAGAUCCAGAUUUUGCACAAACGGAGACAAAACAAAGUUGGUCUCAACAGGAUAGAGAAAAAUUGUUCCAUCUGCUUUCAAAAAUAUUUUUAUUAAAUUUUCCUCUUUAUAUUGCAAUGAAACAUGGUGGUGCAAUUAACCCUUUAGCACCAAUAAAAGAUGAAGGUGGAUAUUGCGAGCCUCAUGACCCAGAAGUACCAGCACCUUUAAUUAGAGCAGUUUCAAUUUUUUGCCAUCAAGGUGGCUUUAACCUAAUGUCAGCUUGUUUUGAUAUGGAAACUACUUUACCAGUUAGUCUUGCACAUUCUAUGGUUGCAGUAAUUUGUAAUUUGAAACUUUGGUUGAAUUAUGGAAGUGUCAUUCAGCUUUUUAUACCAUUACGCAGUCGUGUUAUGAAAUAUAUGUGUCGUUUAGGAGACAAAGAACUACGCACACCUGCAGUUAGAACUAUGGCUGAUUUUAUGUGGAGUGCUGUAAAAGAUCCCAUUGAUGCAGUUUUACCAAGUUUUGAUCGCGAUGGAUUGGAUUUAGCAUUUAAAUAUUUUACUAGUACAACUUUAACCAUGAGACUAGCAGGAAUAGCUCAGAUAAAUGCUCAUAUCACUGCAUUCAAUGAACUUUGUAAUAGUGAAACUAUUGCCGAAGUGGAACAAGUGGGUCAUGCAUUGGCAGCUUGGUUGACAGAAAACAAUAUAAUAGCUCAUAUAUUUGGACCAAAUUUGCAUGCAGAAGUUAUUAAACAAAGUCACAUUGUAUUAAGUUUCUUAGCUAUGGAGGGUAGAAUAGCAUCUUCAGAUAUGGAUACUAUGUGGCAAGCUGCACAAUUAAAGCACUGUGGACGUCCAGUAUAUGAUUUGUUGGCACCUUUAGUGAAACAUUUGGCUCCGACUCCAGUUCUACAUUUAUAUUCCUUGUUAGGAAAAUUAGAACCAAAGGACCACACAGAACAAAGUUUAUUCCUGGCAUCUGCUUUGAUUAAGUUUAUUUGGACAGCAGGUGGUUCGGGUUAUCCAAGGGGUUUAACCAUAAAGAAUAGAGAAAUUUUAAGAGGAACUAGCGGUGUUGGCGGUAGUAGUACUAGUGACCCUAGUGGAAUGGAUGGAAGCAGUCCAGAUGAGGAUGAAGAACCUAGUCCUGCUCCAUCCGAAGGACCUUCACCAAGGAAACAAGCAAGAGGUGAUAGCAGUGAUGGAGAAGGUCCUUUUAAAGCAAAAAGUAUGGGCACAGCAGUUGUACAGACAAGUUUAAAUGAAACAGAAGGUUCAGCGUUAGAAAAGUCAGAUUGUAAUGCAGAAUCGAUGAAAGAUUCUGUAUGUACUAUUCAAGACGAUAUAAAAGAAAAGCAAAGUGGAUCAGACGCAGAGGCGGAUACAGAAAAAUCUAAUGCCGAAGAAACGGCUACCAUUGAAAAGAAAAAAAGGAAGGUGUUGAGAAGAAGGAAGAAACCGCGAAAACGUUUUUUAGGUACUGUGGAUAAAACAUUUGAAGAUAUUGUUAAUCAAGAAAAUAGUAUGAAAACUAAAGAUUUAAUGAUCGAUAUAAAAAAUAGAACGGAGGACAGUUUAAACAGUUCUUUAGACACAAGUGGAUUAGUUUCUUUUGAUGAUCCAAAAAGUGUUGAUGCAUUGGAUCGCGUAAAACAACAGGCAAUGGGAUUAGAUCCAAGUGACCAACAAGUUCCAACGACCGCAGCAUUAUUAAGAAGAGCUAAUAAAAAUAAAUAUAUGUCAUUAGUAGGUCAUAAUGUAGACCGGGCUCCAGACUCUGCGGAUACUUCACAUGAUGAAGACGACAGUGAUGUAGCUGGAGUUCUUGCUGCAGCAGAUGGUCCUAGCGCAGUUAUAUCUGAACUGGCAGGUUUGGUACAUGCAACCGGACCGACAUUUUUGCCUUCCGGUUUGGAUGAAAUGUUAUCGGACGAAGAAGGAUCUUACAGUAGUAGAAUAUCAAAUAAAAGUGAGAAAAAUAUGGCAGACUUCGAUGGCGAAGAAAGCGGUUGUGAGGAAGAAUUAGCGCAAUUAGCGGCACGUCAUCUAACAGCUAUACAAAUGCAAGCUUAUCAUCCCCAUCAUUCUCAUCCAACAAUGACAAUUAGACGAUCCGUUUGUCGUCCUCCACAAGUAAGAAGCGUUCGUCAAACAGUUACACGAGUUAGUUCUCAAUUUAAUUUGGAUAACGUAUGCAAAUCUGGAAAUACAUUGUUAUGGGAUCUUCUACAAGAUGACAAAAUUGGUCAACUAGGAGAAGGUUUAGCUUUAGAAGCUGAAAAGGCUUUAUGCAAUCUUCUUUGUUUUAACGUUGACCGACUUAUACCUAUGAAAUUUAUAGAAGGUUGCUUAGAAAACUUAGCAACUAACCGUUCUGUGGUUGUAUCUUUAAGAUUACUACCUAAAUUACUUGCCAGUUUCCAACAGUUUGGUGCAAUGGAUGCACAUACGAUAACGACAUGGGCGGACCGCGAACGUGGAAUGAUGAAACACUUUUUCAACAAUCUAAAGACUUACACUAGCACAGGGCCAAAAAAUAGUCUGUAUUCUCAUCAAACAGAAAUACAGGUUAGAUUACAGUUUCUGUCUUCAAUUUUUUCCCCUUUGGGUUCACCCGACUGUUUUCGCCUAAGCCUUGAACAAGUUGACAUACUAUGGCAAUGUUUGUCUCAAGAUCCAACAUGUGCAGAUGAACUCUUUAGUUGGUUGCUCAGUCAAGCAAAGUCAACGGAACAACACGCUCUAGGAAUGGAUACGCUUAAACACUUAUGUAUGCGUAAACUACCAAGUUUACCACCUGAAACUAUUAGCAUGAUGGGUCUUAGUCUUUUUCAGCAAUUGUGCAAUUUGGCUCGUUUGGCUGCUGCACAUUUAGAUAGACCAUUAAGGGACGUAGAUUCCGUUGGUAUGGAUUUCUUGUGGAGAAUAGCACUGAAAGCUAAAAGUACAGAUGUUAGUAUGGCAGCUAUACAAUACUUAAACGGUUACUAUAUGUCUAGGCAGUUGACCCAAGAAGCAGAAUUUGUUUCACAAUGUAUGACACAUCUUGCUGCAGCUAGCGCUGACUUAGAGACAAACGAAGAAGCUAGUUUAAGGUGCAUACAACGAGCAUUGUUGUUAUUGAGGACACACUUAGAAGCUUUUCGGAAACGGUAUGCAUACCACUUACGUCGAUGGGUAUUGGAAGGUAGAGGUGCUGGUAGUCAUGUAGCCAUGAAUACUUCUGAGAAGGGUCAACAGUUAAGAAUAUUUGUACAACCAGCCGGAAUUCCUGAGAAAACAAGCUUUACUCUUCUUAGUACCGAUUAUGUUGCCGACUUACGAGCAGAAGUUGCUAAAUGGUGGGACGAUACGCAAAACAAUCAAGAAAAAUCAUCAUCUUCUACAAAUGCAAAUCAGAACAAUGGAUCAGUAUUAGGAUCUCUACUCACCGAUGGGCCAAUCAGAAUGAUCACGCAAGGUCAAGAAUUAACAAUUGAUUUCGAUGAAAAAACAUUACAGGAAAUGGGUUUCAAAGAUGGCCAAUUAGUGUUUAUUUCUCCUGGUGCUGGUCGUGGUAACGGUACAGGUAGAUGUAAUAAACGAGAUAUGGAUUCGCCAUCUCUUUUGCCACCUCCUCCACGAGAGUCUUUACCGACAUUACUGCUGUUAAGACCACAAUAUUUCGAACAAUUAUUUACAUUGAUGAGAACUUUAAGCGCUAUGAAAACAGUUGUUAAAGGCGGACAAGAAAUUCCUCAUACAAAGGCUCAAGUACUUUCAAGAAGAGUUUGGGACACAUUAACUUUACUACCUACAAGCCCUACCUUAUUAAGAGGUUUCCAGAAAUUAGGGGAAACUACUUUACCAGAACUGUUAGAUCCUGCUAGCCCUCAGAAACUGAUGUACUCUUUAUACAUAGUGGAGUCUUUAAGUAGAUGUAGUACAACGAGUCAACCUCUAACUGUGAAUUCUACGUCUUCUGCAGCUUCUCAUGAAGGUGGAGGUGAUGCAGACGAUAAUCACGAAGAUAAAGAAAAAGAUAUUGUUUGGUCUACACUGUUUGUUCAACAUGGUGGCUUACGACAUUUAUUUGACAUUUUUAUGUCUGGGUGUUUGGAACAGGGAGAUGGUAGUGAGUGGCAGCAGGACUGUCUCGCUAGUUUACUAAAGCAAUUAUGUUACUUGGGUGUUAUUAAAGAAGAGAAAAAAAGGAGUAAAGCUGAUAAAUUGCUUGUACCUAAACUUAGUGACGCAAUGCUUUCAAUGAUGAACGUGGAUGCUGUUAUGUCUCGAAUAACGAGUAUAUUAAACGAAGCAUCUUUGCCUAGAGAUCCAAAUCACUACAAAACGGGACUCUUUGGUAGAUCACAAGUUAUACAUUAUACUAUGGCCCUAUUAGUCUGUUGGGUACACAGUGAUGACACAGUAAGACAAUAUCUUUUUUCAUCAGCAGAACCUUUUGGAAAAACUUGGUUACGAAGAUUAGUUUUGGAAGAUCCUGAACCAGCAGUCAGAAGGGAAGUUUGUACAGCAUUAUAUAGACUGUGUUUAGGUACUACAGGAUCUGAAGAUGACAAUUCAGAUAUCGCUAGUUUGAUUGUACCGAUGCUGAAUACAUUAUUAGAACAUCUUGUGAUAGCAGAAGCAAUGCAACCUUCUCAUAGGAAACCAGACUUACCCUUACACUUGCAUCCAGUGUUGGAUGAUGGAAAAGAACCAUAUGGACCUGCUUGCAGAGAUUACUUCUGGCUAGUUUGUCGAUUAGUCGAUUCUCUACCAGAAGAAGCAAUCAAAGAAGGUGCAGAUGACUCUAACACAACAAUAGAUCUUGAGGCAUUAGCAAUAAGAGUGACAGACUCUGUUUUAAAUAGAGAACAUCUUGAAACUCGUCACAACACUAUCGAAGAUGAUGGUUUAGUAGGAUUGUUAAAUCUUACUUGUAAUAUUAUGACGCACAAUCCAUCCUGUAAGCAAGGAAAAAUUGGACAAAAUUUAUUGCACGAGGUAUUCGAUUUUCUAUUCGCAUUGCCAAAUCCACGAUCAAAACACGUUCCAAAGUGCAAAAGUCAGGUUUCCAGAUCAGCAGCUUUUGAUCUUUUAGUCGAACUUGUGAAAUCUGCUCCUGAUAAUUACAGAAUUCUUCAUGAAAAACUAUUAGCUCAACAUAAACCUGGUCCUCAUUCCCCAUACCCAUGGGAUUAUUGGCCACAUGAAGAUGGACGAUCUGAUUGUGGAUACGUAGGUCUAACAAACUUAGGUGCAACUUGCUACAUGGCUAGUUGUAUGCAACAUUUGUAUAUGAUGCCGCAAGCACGUGUCUCCAUAUUAGGUGCGGACUGUAAUAGAGCAAAUAAACAUCAACUCACAUUAAGGGAAUUGCAGAGGAUGUUUGCUUAUCUUUUAGAAUCUGAAAGGAAAGCGUAUAAUCCUCGAAGUUUUUGUAGAGUAUACACCAUGAAUCAUGAACCUCUUAAUACUGGCGAACAAAAAGAUAUGGCUGAAUUCUUUAUAGAUCUUGUGUCCAAAUUAGAAGAGAUGACAGCAGAUUUGAAAAACUUGGUGAAAACAUUAUUCUGUGGUGUAAUAUCCAAUAAUGUUGUAUCAUUAGACUGUGAACAUGUAAGCAGAACACUAGAAGAGUUUUAUACUGUACGGUGUCAAGUAGCUGACAUGAGAAACCUUUAUGAAAGUUUAGAUGAAGUUACAGUUAAAGACACUUUGGAAGGCGAUAAUAUGUAUACGUGCUCGCAAUGUGGUAAGAAAGCAAGGGCAGAAAAAAGAGCAUGUUUUAAAAAAUUACCACACAUAUUAUGUUUUAAUACUAUGCGAUAUACAUUUAAUAUGGGAACCAUGUUGAAGGAAAAAGUGAACACGCACUUCAGUUUUCCGUUAAGGCUAGAUAUGUCUGGUUAUGUUGAGAAAAAAUUAAUGCCCCAGCACUAUCAAGAGGAAAAGAAAGCAUCCGAAAAGAAAAAAUCUGAAGGUGAUCAAACGAGAUUGGAUAAUAAUGAUGAUAAAGAUGAAAAGGAAUAUUAUCAGUAUGAUUUAAUCGGUGUAACAGUUCAUACCGGUACUGCUGACGGUGGACAUUAUUAUAGUUUUAUUAGAGACCGCACAUCACCUAAUAAAGAUAAAUGGUUUUUGUUUAAUGAUGCUGAAGUUAAACCAUUUGAUCCAAAUCAAAUAGCCGCUGAAUGUUUUGGCGGUGAAAUGACCAGCAAAACGUAUGAUUCGGUUACAGAUAAAUUCAUGGACUUUAGCUUUGAAAAAACGAACUCUGCUUAUAUGCUUUUUUAUGAGUGGUGCGCUGAUCCUGGCGACCAAGUGAAAGAGGAAGAAGCUACUGUUUCCAGUCCAAAUGGACGACAAUCUUCUACAUUGGUUCAAAAGAACACUAAUAAAUUACCACCAUUGGAAUUAAAUAAAGAACUAGAAGAUUGGAUAUGGCAAGAUAAUAUGCACUUCUUACAAGAUAAAAAUAUAUUUGAGCACACAUAUUUUACAUUCAUGUGGCAAAUAUGUGGUUAUAUACCACAAACAUUACUCUCUGUGCAACCCGAUAUAACAGAAAUGUCAGCUGAUUUGUCAACAUCAUUUUUCAUGGAAACUUUCAUUCAUGCUAAAGAGAAGCCUACUAUGGUACAGUGGGUAGAGUUGUUAACAAAACAGUUUAACAGUUCUGCUGGUGCAUGCGCUAGGUUUCUGGAAAGAAUGGCUAGCGAUUCAUGGUGGCCAAUUCAAAUUCUAGUCAAGUGCCCUAAUCAAAUGGUGAGACAAAUGUUCCAAAGGCUAUGCAUUCAUGUGAUACAACGAUUGCGCGCUACUCAAGCACCUUUGUAUCUUCUUUGCGAUGAGGAAAAUGAUGUUAAUACCGUUGGCACUCGGUCAUGUGUAACAAGAUUCGUGAGAAUGCUUCUGUCCCUCAUGGAACAUGCGAAACAACAUCUGAAACACCUCACGGAGUACUUUAGUUUUUUAUAUGAAUUCAGCAAAAUGGGCGAAGAAGAGACGCUUUUCCUAAUCAGAGUACAAGCCAUUUCAACUAUGGUGAACUUUUAUCUUGGGCAUAAAACACAUGAAUUCGUUGAUGCAGUUAGCGAAGAAGAAGAGGAAGAAGAAAUUGUUGCUAUGCCAACAGAAAAAUUGCGACCCGCUUCUUUAGAUAAAAUGAUCACCUUGAUAGCAACUUUAGUUGAGCGUAGUAGAGGACCUGAUCACAGAUUAGCCUUGUCGCCAGCAGACCUUAGUGCUGUUGCAGGAGGUAAAGGAUUUCCCUUUUUAUAUCAACAAACACGAGAUGUCAUUAAUCUUAAUCAAACGAGGAACUUGAUUCAAUCUUUGUGUCGUUGGAACGACAGAUUAGCUAUACAUAUUGUAACAAUGAUAUUUCAAGCUAUAACAAAACAUACAGAUGUGUGCCAACCGUUUUUCAAACUUCUCACGUUGUUAACGGAAAGUUCAGGACCAAGUGGUUUACCUUGUAUGACUCAACUGAUUUUGGGUAGAGUAUGGGAAGCAGCCAGAGUUGCACCACAUGGAGCAUUGGAAUGGCUAGCUUUGGCUGUUACAAAAAGCAAACUUGCACAUGCCUGGGUGCUACAAGGAUUGGACACAUGGUUACAACAUUUCUUAUUGGAACAUUCAAAUCAAAGAGUUCGUUCUGCAGCCGCUUUUCUUCUUGUAUCUUUGGUUCCGUCAACUCACUUUAGGCAAGGUUAUCGCAGUGCUCAUCGAUUAGGUUUAGGUUGCAAUACGUCUAGAGAACUCCAACUAUCGCCAGAAGCAACUUUAAUAUUGCAUCAAAUAUACACAGCACUUUUACGGUUAUUGCAACCAGCGAGACAUUAUAUUGAUAUACAAACUCAUGGUACAAUGAAACUCACUGCCUAUUUUGCAUUGCUCACCUACUGCGUUGUCUCCAAAACGGAAAAAUUAAUGUUUGGACAAUAUUUGAAUGAUUUAUGGACACUGUUUCAUCCGAAACUUUCUGAGCCUAGCAUUCCAGUGCAUCAUAAUAAGCAAGCUGUAUUAUUAUUUUGGUACCACGUCUGUUCAGACUGUCCAGAAAAUGUUGCUCUUAUACUUCACAAUCCACAUAUAACUAAAAACAUUGCAUUUAAUUAUAUACUGGCUGAUCACGAGGAUCAAGAUGUAGUAUUAUUUAACAGAGUAAUGUUACCUGCUUAUUACGGUUUGUUACGACUUUGCUGUCAACAGUCACGCACCUUUACAAGACAACUAGCUGCACAUCAGAACAUUCAAUGGGCGUUCAAGAAUAUUACACCGCAUCCUACUCAAUACUCAACUGCUGUAGACGAGCUGUUUAAAUUGAUGCAAUUAUUAGUAGCCAGACAUCCUGAUCAAACAGAACAAGAGGAAUCUGAAAUCGCAUCGUUCAGAAGAGGUACAUUGUCUUCAUAUUUACAAGGAUUAGAUGGGCGAUCAUGUUGGGCUACACUCAUCUCUGCAUUCCGUAUUUUAAUUGAAACAGACGAUGAUCGUUUAUACGUUGUGUAUAAUGGAGGAUUAAGUAUGGCUCUGGAAGCAUUUCACAUGUUGCAUAUUAUGUAUCAUGAAGCGACUGCGUGUCAUGUGGCUGGCGAUCUAGCUGAAUUAAUAGCGAUUAUCGUAGAACUCGUACGGUGUAUUAGAACUGCUAGAGAAGGUCCCGAUGGAAGAAAUAUAUUAGCGAAUUGCAAAGAAUGGCCGGAAAUUCUUCGUAAAUUAGCAACGCUGUUGAACACGUACAAUCCUCCGGAUAUGAGAAAUCUUGCUAUAGAUCUUUUGAAGGAACUUGUCAUGCUUGUACCUGCUGAAGCUAUUUUAAUUUUAGCACCAUUGCUUUCACACUGCCAUGCAGCUCUUCAAGAGUCUCACGCCGCUGUUCCACCUGGUCCGUAUCUUCCAAGAAGAUCUACUCCUCCAGGAAAGAUGCCUACUCGUCCUGCCAGACCAAUGGUACAAAUGGCGGUACCGCAUUCCCAAUUGGAAGCAUCAAAAGGAGUGGACCCGGAAUAUGACAGUGCUUUGCUCGAGUUUUAUUUGCCAUAUCAUGAACUCAUUGAUGUGAUGUGCAGAUUGGCAAUCAAUAAUGAUUGUAUGACAGAUUCAUUGGUUAAUUUAAGCGCUAUGUUAGGGUUUGAAGGUGUUCCAUUACAUUUAGCGUUAUUCCCUCGAUUGUGGUUAGACGUUCAUGCUGCUACACACAUAGACAGAAAGCAUAUUGGAUCUCUCCUUUGCUCUUCUUAUACAGUGGACUAUGUAGAUGCAGUGUUAUUGGAUGAAAGAUCAUCAUUAGGAGUACCAGCAAUACAUGCUUUUCUUAAAACCUUCUUUCCUAAGCUUUCUAAUGAUGUGUUAACCGAACAAACUUGUUUACUUAUCGAUAACUUAGUUAGUUCUAUGGUGGCAAUGGUUGAGGCAGUAGACAUUCAAGCAUCCGCGCAUAGAUUAACCGGGGAUUUAAGAGCAUUGGCUCUAGUCUACAGUAGCAGUUCAAGACUGAAACCACCAGCUACAUUGUUACCAGCCUUAGAAACACUAUUAACUCGGACCAGAGCCAUUAAAGUGAAAGAAUCCAGUCAACAGGAAAUAGAGGCGCCUUCAAAAAAACGGAAGUUCACUGUUAACGAAGAUAGUGAAGCAACUGAUAAAGUUUUACAUCUGCCGAUCAAAGAACUUAACGAACAGAAGAACGUUUCCGACGUAGACACCGAAGAAAAGGACAAAACAGAAGGAAACGACGUAACUUCCUCUGAAUCUGGAGAUGACAAGACCAUAUCAAAACACAAGAGUAACAGUCAAAUAGAAAAUAUUCCAACAAGCAUCAGUACAACAUCGCCAAGUUUAUUUGAUACAGUGACAGUCAACAAUUGUACAAGCCAGUUAAGAUGUUCCUUGACUAAUGUCUCCUGGCUUGAAAUGCUGGAGAAAACCAUUGUCGAUCUGCAGAUGAUUGUGCAAUUACAAACAAAGAGCAACUAAUUUCUGUAAAUGUUUCCAAACAUGGUGCUUUUAACGUAGAAGCAUACAAUACAGGACUAAGUUUUGUGUACGACCGUUUCGUUCUUUGGAAAACAGCAGAACGAAAUUUGAGUUGUACAUCUUCUGGAUCUAGAAGAACAAAUGUUUAGUGUGUUUGUGUUCUAUAAAACAAGAUAAAUAUGUUUCUGCGUAUGGAUUGAAUAUGAUUUAUUUUCCAAAUAUAGGUGAAUAAGAUACUUUUAUUGACUUAAAUUAUACUAACUGCGGAAAAAAUGAAGGUAAAAACAGAUCGUGAAUCAGGACUGAAGAAUUUCUCCUUUUAUAUAAGAAAUGUUCGUUAGUGCUGUGAGAUCACUUAUCUCUUGGCAAUAUUUUGCGUAUGCAAUUGUGUACGGUAAUAUAAGCCGCUCAGUAUUCAUUAACAGGAAUUGCAAAAGCUUUGAGCUAAUUUAGAAGAUGCAAUUAGCUUUGUUAAAACUAAUCGUUUUCCUAUACUUGACUCCAUUAAUGACAGGUAUCACAGGGUUCUUUAAAAUUCCCAUAGUAAAGUAUAAGUCAUGUUUAUUUUUUCGAUCAGCUUCUCCAAGCUGUAUAGAUUUAAAUAUUGUUCACAUGCCAAUUAGAAACAUUACAUUGACUUCUCAUUGUACCAUACUUUCCAUCUUACUUUUAAAUGUUUUCAAAGAGGUUCACUCAUGUAAUUUAUAAAAGAAUACUUUUAUCGGUUAAAUCAUUGCACACGUUUUUUCAAUUAAUUUACGUAUGAUAGAAUUGUAUUUUUAUUUAUUUUUCUUUUUUGUAAGUGAAUCACCCGAACGGACCUGGUAGAUUUAUCUUGAAUAAUACAAAUAUAUUUUGUUGCGUUUAUUUUCAAACACAUUCGUUUAUAUUUCACGUAACAAAUUGCGAUCCUUUUGAUUAACGAAAUUGUAUCUAGCAUAUUGUAUUGCAAAUUAAAUAAUCUAUUCUGUAUUUUUAAUCAUUUCGAUUUCUUUCGGUAAAUAUAAUAAUAUUUAACUUUCGUUCUAAUCUUUAUAAUUACGACUUUUUAACUGCAAUGAUUACAGAAAUUCAUAAUGUUCAUAGAAUUGGUGCACUUCUUCCAUGUUCUCUUUUCUAUAACAAUUCAAUCUCACAUCACAAAUGAACAGUUGUGAAAUUUUUUUUAAGAGGUCAUCGGGGAUCGUUCAAAAGGAAAACAGAAAAAUGUUCGCGCGACGAAAUCGACACGAAACUGAAAACAUAUCCAUACAGAAGAUCCAGACAGUUUCAUACAUGAAAGAAAAAUUUGUAUUUAUAUUUUCUUUUUUCUUUUUCUUUUUUCUUUUUUUUUCAUUUUUACUAACUUGCUCUUACAAACAAAUAACUUUGCCGCUAUUUUUGACACUACGUUCGAUAAAAAAUAAAGUCAGUCUAAUUAAGCUUCAAAUACUGACUCGUUUAGUGAUUCUUCGUUCAUAAUACAGAUGCGUGCUAGAGUCUGAGUCAGCCUAGCUGCUCGGUGAUACAGUAUUUCGUGUUUAAAUGUACAUUUUGAGAAAUUUAUUCUACUAAUUGAAGACAUACAAAAUAUCAAAUAACAUGUGAUUCUCAAGAGGUGCAUUGAUCCAGCAUAUUUCAACGAACUAAUUCAAGCAUAUUUUAACGCGAUCACCUAAUUAAAAUAAGUUUCUCGGAAUGUCGAACUCUAUAAUAUUCGGAACGCUGUUUCACCUAGCUCUAUGGCCUAGUACGUUGUUCGAGAAAAAGAUAUAAUUUAUUGUAUACGUUUGUAUACGUGAAUGUAUGCACAUAAUGCAAAUAAUAGCCCAGACGCACG